AUGCUGCUUCCACGACUAGUACUUUUCUUUUUCUUAUUGUCUCUGUCAGUCCUCUGUUGUUCAGUGAUGGAUGGCGUGGCGUUUGUUGAUGGGAAGCCGGUGCCGUGUGUCAUGACACUGAGCCAGGUGCAGGCUUUAUUUCCACAAGGCCUGGCAGGCCUUUGUGAGUGCUUCGGUGGAAGAUCUCAUGUUUUUCCGGAUGCGGAGGGAACUUUUCAUCUUAAGGGCGGCGCCUCAUAUACACUGAAGUUAAGUGGCGCAGCAAAAUGGCCGAGUCAAGGUGAAGGUAAGGGAGAAACACAGGGGCAUUGUGCCUGGGCUCCUUCCCUAUCCACUUCUACUUCUACUGCCGCUAAGCCUAUUGCUGAUUCCACGGCAUUGUCUAAUGCUAAUGCGGAGGAUGAACAGUGCCUUUUUCGUUCAGCCAACGCUUCUCCUUGUUACGCGGAGAAAAGUGUACGGGAUAUUUUUCAUUCAGCUUCUCCACCUGAUGCGCUUUUGGACGCCCGGGCCGGUAAGGUCUCAUAUAACGUUGGGACGGCGAGCUCCCUUGCGGAGGAUGAUGCUCCACGCACGGCUGUUGACUGCUCGGGGGAGUUGUCCUUUUGUUUGCCUUUGGUCGGCACUAACGACACACCGGGAAAGCACAUUCAGGAUCGUGUGCAUGAGUACGUCUUUCUUCCAACUAUUGCGAUUCGUAUAGUUGACACGCUUGAGUUUCAACGUCUUCGUUCGCUGAAGCAGCUUGGCACCACCGUAUUUCUCUAUCCAGGCGCAACACAUACACGCUUUGAGCACUCCAUAGGCGUGGCGCAUUUGGCGUCUCAGAUGGUUCGUCAGAUUGCUCUUUGUCAACCCGAGUUGAAUAUUACACGAGCUGAUACCAUUUGUGUUACCGUUGCAGG